AUGGCUGCAAGGUCACGUGCCAUCAGUAAACCAUCACAGGGUUCGGUGGAGUUCUUGGGCCGAAUGGGACGCAGGUUUGCAGGUUUCAAGGAUUUGGCCGUUGAGGCUGGGGAAGGGGCAGCAGGAGUUGAGGAAGGAAAAGACUGGGCCCACAGAGCUGUCCUUUCUAGGAUGCCAGAACUGUGCCCAGAGAACCCCUCAGCUGUUGUCUCAGGAAUGAGCACCCGCCCUGGGGGCCCGAGGGAGCAGCUGGGAACCACAGGAAGCCUGUGGCCAUCAGAGCCCAUUAUUCUGGGGCCAGAGGAAUCUGCCCGGCAGCUGGUCCUGAGGAAGAUCCAGGAACUCACCAUUGCGGGCCGCCAAGACCCCUUCAUGGUGGCUGACUUGGAUGUGCUGGCCCGCCGCCACCAGACCUUCCUCCAGGCCCUGCCCCAAGUCCAGCCCUUCUAUGCAGUGAAAUGCAACAGCAGCCCCUGGGUGCUGUUCAUCCUGGCUGCCCUGGGCACUGGCUUUGAUUGUGCCAGUCAGGGGGAGCUGGAGCAAGUGCUGGGCUUGGGCGUAGCCCCCUCACGAAUCAUCUUCGCCAACCCCUGCAAGGCCAUCUCCCACAUCCAGUAUGCAGCCCGCCAUGGGGUGCAGCUUCUGACCUUCGACAGUGAGGAGGAACUAGCUAAGGUGGCCCAGCACCACCCUGGGGCCAGGUUGGUCCUCCGGAUACAGGCCCGGGACAGUCAAAGCACCUUUCCACUGAAUGGCAAAUUUGGAGCUCAGCUGGAGGCAUGCACACACUUGCUUCAGGCUGCCAGAGAGCUGGGGUUGGCCGUGGUGGGGGCCUCCUUCCACGUGGGUUCCGACUGCCAGACACCCCAGAGCUAUAGGCAGGCCAUCGCUGACUGCCACCGUGUAUUUGAGAUGGGCCGCAGGGUGGGUCACUGCAUGAGCCUCCUGGAUCUCGGAGGAGGCUUUCCUGGAACUGAGGGCUCUCAAGCUAAAUUUGAGGAGAUAGCUACAGUGAUCAAUGCUGCCCGGGCCCAGUACUUCCCGGAGGGGACAGGUGUCCAGGUCAUCGCAGAGCCUGGCCGCUUUUAUGCGGAGUCUGUAUGCACAGCUGCUGUGAACAUCAUAGCCAAGAAGGCCUCCCUGGAGCCAGGAGGCCACAGGAAGAUGGCAUACUAUCUCAAUGAGGGCUAUUAUGGUUCCUUCCGAAUCUUCCUCAGGGAAGCUGUCCCCAGGAUACCCAUUGUGGUGAAGGAGUUCCCCUCAGAGCCCCGCCUCUUCCCCUGCACCCUCUAUGGCCCCACAUGUGAUGCCUUUGACAGGCUCUCCUUGAAGGAGGUCCAGCUGCCGGAGUUGGAUGUGGGCGACUGGCUGAUUUUCCCUGACACGGGUGCAUACAAGAUCUCCAUGAGUUCCACCUUCAAUGGUUUCCCUAUCAUAACGGUCUACGAUGCCGUGGGCCCCCAGCUCAGGAGCCUACUGGAGACAGCACCUUAG